CAUGGCGAAGGAGCGUCCUUGUGCCCUAAGCUCGAGAGAGAGAGAGAGAGAGAGAGAGAGAGAGGCAGAGGGAGGGGAGAUGCGGCGUCAGUCAGCUGCAGUAGGCAGAGGACAGCGGCAGCAGUAGAAGCAGUGGCUGCCGUUCUCUAUUGUUCAGCCAGAACGUUCUCCUUUCCUCUCCAGCCAACCAGAAGAGCAGAAGCCCAGGAGGUCCGCUACAUGCGCCGUUCCUUCGGGGAACACUAACUGAAGAGGCACGCAAACUCUUUCAGUCUGUGCGACUGAACUUCUUUCUCUGCUCUCGUUGGGGUUUCUUUUCCUCCCGACCGAGUGGAUUUUACGCGACUCAGGGGAGCCAUGGGACUUGGGGUUAGGGGUGCAAGGACAGCGUUCCUGUGUUUAUGGAGGUUAUUUUUACUGCUCUGUGGAAUCUGGACCGCUUGCGCCCAAACGACAGGAGACGGGAAGUCGCUGUACUUCUGGGAGACAGGUCCGUGGGGCAGAUGUAUGGGCAGCGAGUGCGGUCCAGGAGGCAGUCAGAGUCGGGCGGUGUGGUGCGCUCAUGUGGAAGGCUGGACCACCCUUCACACCAACUGCCUUCAGUCCACAAGGCCGGCCAACCAACAGAGCUGCUUCCGCGUCUGCGACUGGCACAAGGACCUGUACGACUGGCGGUUGGGCGCGUGGAACCAGUGCGUUCCCAUAUCGCUGCGCACCGGCCGCACAGGCGUUUGCCUGCAGGGCGAAGAGGGCAUCCAGACAAGGGAGGUGAACUGUGUGCUCAAGGCGGACGGCUCGGCUGCGGACCACGACAUCUGUGAGUACUUGGAGCCCAAACCCCGGCAGGAACAGGCCUGUUUAAUUCCUUGCCCUCAAGACUGUGUGGUGACCGAGUUCACCCCGUGGACCACGUGCUCCAAGACCUGUGGGCUGGGCCUGCAGAACCGUGUGCGCUCCGUUGUGGCGCCGCCGCUGUUCGGCGGGCUUCCUUGCCCCAAUCUGACAGAGUUCCAGACGUGUGCGCCGAGGGCCUGCGAGGGCAGAGAGACGGUGUUCAGUCUGAAAGUGGGCGGAUGGAGCGAGUGCAAGCUGCCUUCUUUACCGUCACCUCCAACCUCCUCUGCCGCCCCCUCGCGCACUGCCCGCCAAGCCCGCCAAGCCCGCCGGCGGAAAGCCAAAGAGAGGAAAGGGACCCGAGACCCGGAGAUGCGCGAGCUCAUCAAGAGCAAAAGAAACCGCAACAGGCUGAAUCGACUAGAGGAUGACCUCUGGAAUAUGGAAAUAGGCUACCAGUCUCGACAAGUGGUGUGUGUGCAUCGAAACGGAAGCACGGUGUCGCUCGGCCAGUGUCCCCACUGGAGUCUGCCGGAGACGUACCAGUCCUGUCUGAUGCCCAAAGACUGUGUGGUCAAUGAAUGGAGCUCGUGGGGCUCCUGCUCAAAGACCUGCUUGGACCCCAGUGUUCCUCAGGGCUCACGCUCCCGCAGCAGACAGCUGAUACGGCUUCCUACCGGAGGAGGGUCCGAGUGUCCCCAGCUGGAGGAGAGCCAGGACUGUGAACCUGAAGGGGAUGAGGUGCCGCCCUGCCCUGUUUAUGCCUGGCGGAGCACCGAAUGGAGCGAGUGUCGUGUUGACGCGCUGCUCAGCCAGCAGGACCGGCGGCGUGGGAAUCAGACGGGUUUGUGUGGCGGAGGUGUUCAGAGCAGAGAAGUGUACUGCGUCCAGGCCAACGCAGAACUCCUCAGCUACAUCAAUACCAACAAAGACAAACAAGAAGGUCAGUCUUCAAACGGCCAGAUGCCUAGUGUCCCUCCCCUCCUGUCUAUCAGCUAUGAGAUCUCAGCAUCACAACCUGUAGACAUUCGGCUCUGCAAGGGAACGACUCCGAGUACCACGCAGCUGUGUCACAUCCCGUGCCCUUUGGAGUGUGAAGUGUCCCCGUGGGGCGCCUGGGGGCCCUGCACCUUUGAGAAUUGUGAUGAACGGGUUGUGAAAAAAGGUUUCAAGUUCAGACGACGUACAAUCACUAAUUACCCCACAGGUGGCGAGGGGAACUGUCCUCAUCUGGUGGAGGCCAUCCCAUGUGAUGAUCCCAGCUGUUUUAGCUGGCAGCUGGUCAAGCUAGAGGAGUGUAUCCCAGAGGAAGACAUGGACUGCGGGGAGGGAACACAGACUCCACAGGUCCGCUGCAUCAACAGCGAAGGUACCGAGGUGGAAAAGGAGAUGUGUGUGGAUGAGAUCUACCCUUCAUCUGAGCCCUGUGUGGUUCCCUGCCCUAAAGACUGCGCUCUCAGUCUCUGGACCGAAUGGUCCACCUGCUCCCAGACCUGCUCCAGCAAAACCGCCGAGGGCAAGCAGAUGAGAACCCGAGCCAUACUGGCUUACAAUGCAGGAGAAGGAGGUUCCAGCUGUCCGAACACCAGUGCCCUGCAGGAGGUGCGGAACUGUAAUGAGCAUCCUUGCAUCGUGUAUCACUGGCAGACGGGCCCCUGGGGACAGUGCGUGGAGGACACCACCACAUCCACCCUCAAUACCUCCUCCAGCGCAGACAAGUCCACCUGCACCAUGGGUGUGCAAACGCGCAAGGUCAUCUGCGUAAAAGUCAACGUCGGACAGGUGCCGCCCAAAAAAUGUCCUGAAGCCCCUCGGCCGGAGUCAGUGAGACCCUGUCUGCUGCCCUGCAAGAGAGACUGUAUAGUCACACCCUUCAGUGAAUGGACUGAGUGCCCCACUUCCUGUGAAGCAGGUGCGAAUGGGCAGAAGAAUAAACAGUUUCGCUACCGAGUGAUCAUCCAGAUGCCAGCUAAUGGAGGUCAGGAGUGUCCAGACGUCCUUUAUGAAGAGAAAGACUGUGUGACUCCAUCCGUCUGUCCGGGUUACAGGUGGAAAACACACAAGUGGCGUAAAUGUCAGCUGGUCCCGUGGAGCAUCCGCAGAGACAGUAAAGGAGCUCAAGAGAACUGUGGAGCUGGCGUCCAAACUAGAGCUAUCUCAUGUAGGCAGCUGGAUGGUACAGUGGCUGAUGUGGUUCAGUGUCUGAAGUUUGCCAGCAGCAUGCCGGUUAUGAGCCAGCCCUGCCAGUUACCGUGCCGAGACGACUGCCAGCUCACCAACUGGUCCAAGUUCUCUCCUUGCACCUCGGACUGCGUAGGGGUCCGUACACGGAGGAGAGCUCUCAUGGGAAAAAGCAAGAAGAAGGACAAGUGUAAGAACAGCCAGAUGUACCCGCUGAGCGAGACCCAGUACUGCCCCUGUGACAAAUACAACGCCCAGCCGGUGGGAAACUGGUCUGACUGCAUCCUGCCCGAGGGCCGCGUGGAGAACGCCGCAGGCAUGAAGGUGCAGGGAGACGUGAAGGAGUGUGGACAGGGCUACCGCUACCAGGCCAUGGUGUGCUAUGACCAGGACAACAGGCUCGUGGAGACUUCACGCUGUAACAGUCACGGGUAUAUCGAGGAGGCCUGCAUCGUCCCCUGCCCGUCUGAUUGUAAACUCAGCGAGUGGUCCAACUGGUCGCGCUGCAGUAAAUCCUGUGGCAGUGGGGUUAAAGUUCGCUCAAAAUGGCUCAGAGAAAAGCCUUACAAUGGAGGAAGACCCUGCCCAAAACUGGACCACCUUAACCAGGCACAGGUGUAUGAGGUGGUCCCAUGCGUCAGUGACUGCAGUCAGUAUAUCUGGGUAGCUGAACCCUGGAGCGUGUGGAAGGUCAGUAACGUGGAUCUGAAGGAGAACUGUGGCGAGGGCGUUCAGACCAGAAGAGUCAGGUGUAUGUUGAACACAGUGGACGGUCCCUCUGAUGCGGUGGAGGACUAUCUGUGUGAUCCAGAGGAGAUGCCGCAGGGCACGAGGGAGAGCCGCCUGCCCUGUCCCGAGGACUGUGUGCUGUCCGACUGGAGCCCCUGGACCCCAUGUGACCUGCCGUGUUCUGGAAGAGGAGAUCGGGAGAGAACGGCGUUUGCACUGCGACUGCCGAAAGGAGGAGAGGACUGUCCGGUUAGCAUGCAGACCGAGCCCUGCCUCCUGAACCGCAACUGCUUUCACUACAGUUACAACAUCACUGACUGGAGCACGUGCCAAUUAAGUGCCAGCGCUGUGUGUGGAAUCGGUCUCAAGACGAGGAUGCUGGACUGCGUUAGAAGUGACGGCAAAUCUGUUGACCUCAAGUACUGCGAGGAGCUGCGCUUAGAGAAGAAAUGGCAGAUGAAUGCUUCCUGUACGGUGGACUGUCCAGUCAACUGCCAGCUCUCUGAUUGGUCAGCAUGGUCAGACUGCUCACAGACCUGUGGCCUUGAAGGGAAGAUAUGGCGCAGACGGACGGUGGUUGAGGCGUCUCAGGGGGACGGCAGGCCGUGUCCGUCUCAGAUGGAGCAGUGGAAGCCGUGUCCUGUGAGACCCUGCUACAGAUGGCAGUACGGCCCGUGGUCCGAGUGCCGUGUCGAGGAGGUGGUGUGUGGGGUGGGCCUGCGUUUCCGGAACUUGACGUGCUUUGUAUCAGACGGCUCCGGCGAUGGGAAGAGCAGCAUUGUAGAGGAAGAGCUCUGUGCUGGAUUGGAGCAGGCCGUCGACGGAGAUACGAAUAUUGUUCUGGAGGAGACCUGCAGCUUACCCUGCCCUGGUGACUGUUACCUGAUGGAGUGGUCCGAUUGGAGCCCGUGUCAGAGUGUGUGUGUGAAGGGCCAGCGUUUGGACUUCACUCCGGUGCAGGUCCGUUCACGUGCCGUCAUCGCGCAGGAGCCAGAGAACAUCGCUCAGUGCCCCGAUCAGGAGUGGCAGACCCGGCCCUGCAGCAAUGGGGAGUGUUAUGAGUACCAGUGGAUGGGCAAUCCUCAGCUGAUCUGGUGUCAGCGCUCGGAUGGAAUAAACGUCACAGGUGGAUGCCCUCCAGCGCUACUGCCAGGGAAGGACCAGUCAUGUGAUCCACCUUGUGACAAACCACAGUCAUUUUGCUCAGAGGAGGGCGUAUGUAUUUGCGAGGAGGGCUAUACCGAGGUGCUGACAGCUGAGGGGAUGUUGGAGCAGUGUACGCCCAUCCCUGUGCUCGAAAUCCCCACCGCAGGAGACAAGAAAACUGACGUGAAGACCAGCCGGGCCAUCAACCCCACCCUGCCCACCACGGUACAGCCUGGCCGCGCCGGACGCACCUGGUACCUGCAACCCUUUGGACCAGAUGGAAAGCUGAAGACGUGGGUGUACGGCGUGGCGGCAGGUGUUUUUGUCCUCCUGGUAUUUAUAGUGUCAAUGAUUUACCUCGCAUGCAAAAAGCCAAAGAAACCUCAGCGAAGACAAAAUAAUAAUCGAUUGAAACCCUUGACCCUGGCAUAUGACGGAGAUGUGGACAUGUAGCCCUUCUCGGAAAACUAACGUCAUGAAAAAUAUCAUCAGCAAAUGGUUGAAUCUCAUAAAAACAUGUCCAAGUCACAUUGUACCCCAAAUUCAAAAGAAAAAAAUUAAGUAAUGAUAUUUUGCAUAAAUGAAACAAAGCCUAUUUUAGCACCUUUGUACAUUAUAAAAUUAUGAAAAUGACAUUAUUGCAUUAUUUAUGAAAAUUAACCACUUUCUUCCUAAAUGUUUGUUUGUUUAUAUAUAUAUAUUUGUAAUUCUCAGUAUUGUCAACGGUGAUUCUCUUUUUUUUUUUAUUCAUUUAAAUCAUAAUAAAUUAAAGACAAUAUAACAAAUAUAUAUCAUGAUGUAUUGAUACUUAUUUAAUGUUUACAAUAUGUUUUUGGGUAAAUGUGCUUAAUUGUCAUUAAAAUAUCACAAUGCAAAUAGACCUUAGGCUUCAUUUUUUGUUUAUGAAAAACAGUAAUUUCUUACCGUUAUAGCGUUUGAUUUUGGGGUGCAGUAUGACCCAGGAAUGUUCUUGAGAUUCAACCAAAUACUCCUCCAAAUAAAAAAAAAUUAAAAAAGCCUAACCAUCUGAAAUACUGGACCCUAAAUGCUUGAAUCCAACAUAAAGGAAGAAGAAACAUCCAAGAGCCGCAAAGAAAAACCUUCAUACUUUAUUUUUACUUCAUGUUCUUGUUCUGGAAGAGCCUUUACACACAUCUUCACACGCUGUGAGAUCAUGCCUUUGUAUAUUCAGUUCCUUACAAGUAUUUGUCAAUUAUGCAACUGCGGUCUACUAUACGAUGGGUCAGGACCUUAUCGGAACAACUUUCUUCCGACUUGUGCUUCCCAGCUGAGAGGAUUCAUUAUUUGGAAGGAGCUAUUGAACAGACAAUGCCAAAACAUACAACACACACAGUGCAGAACACGAAAGGAAACGUGGGAUCUUCAGAUAUCAUGGACGACAUUUGCUCACAGAAGAUGCAGCCUUUCUAUGGAAGGUGAAAACAAGACAAAUCAUGUUCUCCUGGAAGUCCCACUCUGAUUCCAGGCGUUAUUUUGCACUAUAUUAGUGCAGCAAGGAAAGCAUUCGCCAUUGAACCAUUGAUGUCUCAGAAGCAACGAUUCUUAAAGGCAAACGAAUAUGAAUCUGGAGCACAUCAGUGAGACGGGAUAACUGAGAAAGUGUAAAAAUAAAUCUCAGAGUGGGACUCUUUAAAGACCUCACAUCCUUUUGUUUUCACUCAUUUGUGCAUUGUAUAGUUUCUAUGAUGUGUCUUUUCUGCUCAACAGACUUUAAAUAUGUAUUUUUUGUUAUAGUUUUCCAUUCAGACAUUUUUAUAAUAAUUGGUCGAUAUACAGUUGUUGAGGAAAAGUGGUUGUGACCGUAGUAUGACUUUUGAUUGGGGGGGUUAUGCCCCAUUUUCAAUGUCUGGUAUCUAAUUACAUGAAUGAUGUACGUGUCAAGACAAUGGGUCUCAUGGGAAGACCGAUAGUUUCUGCCUUAUUAUUGAUUAAAAUAUACUGAAGUUUUGUUACUAAUUGUUGCCAAUUCUCACAGGAUAGUGGACAUGCAAAAUACAGUGGCCCUACAAAGUAUUUGGACACACAAGUCUGAAUGUAAUUGCAUUAGAUGGGGAACUGUUGCAUUUUUAAAAUACUGGAAACGAUUAAUGUUCACUUCCAUUUAUGUUUUUCGCAUAUGCAUUUUCUACCAAUGCUGUGAAAUACUGUACUGACCUAUUCUGAUGGUGUUUUUUGCGCGACUGCCAUGAGCUGCUUAUGAGCAGCUUCAUUUUAGUGAAUCAAACUCAAAUGGCACGUCCAGUGUAGUCCGAUUCCCAGAUGAAUGACUCUUAUGAUCCGGUUCUUUUUAGUGAAUCAAAAACACAUGACGCAUCCAGUGUAGUCCAAUUCCUGAAUGAAUAACUCUUAUGAAUCAGUAUUUUAUACUGAAUCAAAAAUAUGUAAUUUUUUAUACUGAAUAACUAAUCAGUAUUUUAUACUGAAUCAAAAACAAAUAAUGCAACCAUUGUAGUCCAUUGAACUGGUUCUUUUUAGUGAAGCAAAAAUGUGCAGUGUAUCUAGUGUAGUCCAAUUCCCAAACAAAUGAAUCUUAUGUUUUUGAUUCAUUAAAAAGAACCGGUUCAUGUGACACAUCAAGUGUAGUCUAAUUUCUGAACAAAUUACCUGUAUGAGCUCAUGUUUUUGAUUCAGUAUAAAAUACAUGAUGCAUCCAGUGUAGUCCGAUUCCCAAACUAAUGACUCUUAUGAAUUGGUAUUUUAUACUGCAUCAAAAAUAUACAACUCAACCAAUUUGAGUCCGAUUCCUGAACGACUCUUUUGAGCUGUUACUAUUUAAUAUAUCAAUAUCAUUAAGCAGCUUAUGUCCGUGUUAUUUAAAACUUGUGAGAGUAUUUUAUAAAAAUAUAAUGAAUUAAAAGUGGUACUAUACACACAAGAGAUCAAAAAUGCUAAUAUAUUUACUUUUGAUAUUGUUAUCUAAUGCAAAGACAUCCAUACCUAAAGUGUGGUUUAAGGGUGCAAUUACUUUCUGGGCUCAUUGUACAUGUGUAGCACUUUUGUUGGAUCUGAUAUAUAUAUAUAUAUAUAUAUAUAUAUAUAAAUAUAUAUAUAUAUAUAUAUAUAUUACUGUAUAAUAUUAUCACAUCAUAAGUAUGAGCUGUCUCACACACUUGCAGCAAACUUACAAAGCCAUCAAACAGUAAUUCAUUUUUUACCAUUCAGCAGAUUAAGCAGUAUUCAAUUUAUAUAUCAAUAAAUUAUUUUCAAAUGAUUACACAUUACCCUUCCUCCCCUCCAAAAAAAAAAAAAAAAAUACAAAAUGCAUUGAAAAAGAAAAUAUAGUGUGUAUGUAUUCAUGAAAUUUGAUUUAAUUUGAACCUCUUAUAUUUAAAAAAACAAAACAAAAAAAAACAGCGUGAAUAUGAUAUUCCUAAAAUGUGAUAGUCUAUGAAUCCUGCUGAAAUCUUCCAUUCAAAUAGUAGUAAUAUAGAAGAUGCUUUUUAUCGGUCAAAUCUCCUCAUUUUCCCCAAAUUCAUUUACGCUGCUACAUUAGAGUCGUUUCACCCGGCCGUCCUGCUAGCAGCUGGUGAAAUGAAUGUUUACCUUUAGUUUUAUUUGUAAAUAACAAUGAGUAUUAAAUCAUAUUCAUUUCUUUUCUAUUGCACAGAAAUGUUUAGUACAUUGCAAAGUGGUCUCGCUGAUCUUUGUUGAUUAUGGUCAUGUUGUAAAGUACCAAGGUCUUUUUUUUUGUACAGCUUAUGUUUUCUGAUGACCUACAGGUAAUAAAUACUGGUGUAUUAAACAUGAAUGAAUGA